CAACCGUUGUAACAUCCCUCGAUGAGAAUGGUUCCUCGCAUACUGCUAAUAAUAGCAGCAGUGAUAUUAUUAUUCGUGAAUACGCUAUUGGCGACAAUUUUCGUGCCUAUUCUGCUAUGUUUGAUCCACAAUUUGCGGAAAAUACUUUAAAGCAGCGCGAAGAAAUUGACUAUGUUGCACGAGAUUCCGAGGUUUGGGUUGCACGUGAUAUUGAUGGUCUUAAUGAAGAAGAUAUAACUGAAGAGUAUUUAGCGUUAGGUGAUUAUGAUAAAGGAACAAAAAGUAAAGAUCCAUUAUUUGGGAUGAGAGUUCAAGCAAAUGUUCCAUGGAAUCUCGAUCGUCUUGACCAACGUUAUCUGCCUUACGACGAUAGAUAUAUCUCACCUGCCACCGGAGGGAACAAACAUGGGGUGGCGAAAGCCACCAGAGUUAUCGCAGUCAAAGCUUUAGGGGAAAAAGGGACCGGAUCAUGGAGUGAUGUGAUUGCUGGAAUGAGUUGGGUAGCUAAACAGCAUAAAUACAGUAAAAGAAAGCAUUCUAUU